AAAGUUCUUUUAUUUGGGUCAUGAGUCGUGACCCAACUAACAUUCCUUUGUUUUCUCGCUCCCAUUUCGCGAUAAAAUAAAAAAAAGAAAUGUUUCCUCCACCGUCGUUGGAGAGGACGAAGAAGUCGUGGAUCUCUCCCCCUUCGUCCUCCUCCUCCUCAUCCUCCCAUUCCCCUCCAAACUGAAACCCUAACCCUAAUAUCCUCGAUCCAUGUCUUCCUCUCAACCGCUUGGAGGUGCCUCCCGCGCCGGCCGCCUCCUCGGCCCUUACCUCGAUCGCAUCAUCAAGAACGCAGCAUGGCGCAAACACUCCGCUCUAGUCUCCUCCUGCAAAUCCGUCCUCGACCUCCUUGAGUCUCUCAGCGACUCGCCUCCCGAUACCACCUCAUCCCUUGCAGGCCUCUCAGCCGCCGAUGCCGACACCGCUCUCCGCCCCCUCAUUCUGGCCCUAGACGACGCCUCUUCGAAAGUUGCAGAGCCCGCCCUUGAUGCAGCCCACCGCCUCUUCUCUCUCUCCCUCCUCCGCGCCGAGAUCAACGAUGCAGCUGUCUCCGGCGAGUCCGCUCCUGUCGCCGCUCGACUCAUAGGCUCGGUCUGCGCUUGCGGUGCGAUGGGUGAGGAAUCCCUCGAGCUUGCCAUGCUGCGUGUUCUUGUCGCGGCCGUGCGAUCUACGGCGGUUGUGCUUCACGGGGAGUGUCUUGUCCAGAUCGUGAAGAGCUGCUAUAAUGUGUAUUUGGGAAGCCAGAGUGCUGUCAACCAGCUAUGUGCAAAGACUGCUCUGGUUCAGAUCCUGAUGAUUGUAUUCACUAGGGUGGAAGCCGACGCCGUGGAUGUCGCAAUCAAGACGGCAUUGAUGGCAGAUGUGCUGGAUCUUGCGGAUAAGAACUUGAAUGAUUCGAAUCUCGUGCAGGCAGCGCGAAAUUUUAUAAACGAAGCGGUGGGAGGGGAUGAAGUGGAGGUCUCGGAGGAAAAAUUGUGGCAAGGUGAAGUUGGGGAGGCUGAUGCUGGUGGGAUGAGUAAGAUUAGGGAGGAUGGAUUUCUUUUGUUCAAGAAUUUGUGUAAAUUUUCCAUGAAGUUUGCUGCGCCUGGGGAAAAUCCAGAGGAUCCUCUUUUGUUGAGAGGGAAGGUGCUGUCUUUGGAGCUGUUGAAGAUGGUGAUGGAAAAUGCAGGGACAUUCUGGCUUGUGAAUGAGAGGUUUCUUGGAGCUAUCAAGCAGUACCUCUGCUUAUCAUUGUUGAAAAAUAGUGCAUUGUCAGUGAUGAGUGUCUUCCAGCUUCUGUGCUCAAUUUUCAUGAUUUUAUUGUUGAAGUUCAGAUCUGGUCUGAAAGGCGAGAUUGGGAUUUUCUUUCCCAUGCUUGUCUUAAGAGUUCUUGAGAAUGUGGUUCAGCCAAGUUUCCUGCAAAAAAUGACAGUCCUAAAUUUCGUGGAAAAGAUAUGCCAGGAUCCGCAGCUUAUCAUAGAUAUCUUUGUGAACUAUGAUUGCGAUGUCGAUGCACCUAAUAUACUCGAAAGGAUCGUCAAUGGCCUCCUGAAAACUGCUCUAGGAGUGCCUGCAGGAUCCUCAACAACUUUGUCUCCUGCUCAGGAUUCUACUUUUCAGACUGAAUCUGUGAAGUGCCUGGCUACUAUUGUAAAAUGUAUGGGAACUUGGAUGGACCAACAAUUAAGAAUUAAGGAUUUUUCGCCACAAAGUUCUGAUAUGGAUCAUUCAAGCGACAACUCCAGUGCUCUUAAUGCCGAAGAAGGAACUAAUAUGGAUUUUGAUCUACAAACCGACACAAACUUUGUAUUUUCAGAUGCCGCCUCACUUGAGCAAAGGCGGGCCUACAAAAUUGAAUUUCAGAAAGGUAUUUCACUGUUUAAUAGGAAACCUUUGAAGGGUAUUGACUUUCUGAUUAACACGAAGAAGAUAGGAGGUUCUCCGGAGGAAGUAGCUUCAUUUCUAAGGAGUGCAACUGGUCUAAAUGCGACAAUGAUUGGAGAUUUUCUGGGCGAAAGGGAUGAAUUUCCUCUAAAAGUUAUGCAUGCUUAUGUGGAUUCUCUAAACUUUGAUGGUAUGGAUUUUGGGGAAGCUAUUAGGUUUCUUUUACGAGGAUUUAGAUUGCCUGGAGAAGCACAGAAGAUUGAUCGAAUCAUGGAAAAGUUUGCGCAGCGCUAUUGUAAAUGCAAUCCAACUGCUUUUACCAGUGCAGAUACAGCUUAUGUGCUUGCGUAUUCGGUGAUAAUGCUCAAUACUGAUGCUCAUAAUAGCAUGGUCAAGGACAAGAUGUCAAAAUCUGAUUUUAUCCGCAACAAUCGAGGGAUAGAUGAUGGAAAAGAUUUGCCAGAAGACUAUUUAGGUCCCUUAUAUGACCAAAUUGUGAAAAAUGAAAUAAAGAUGAAUGCUGAUAACUCAGCUCCGCCGAACAAGCAGGCAAGCAGCAUCAACAAGCUUUUGGGUUUAGAUAGCAUACUCAGUUUGGUCAACUGGAAGCAAAAGGAAGAAAAGGCAUUAGGUGCAAAUGACAUGCUAAUCAAACAUAUCCAAGAACAAUUUAAAGAAAAAAGUGGAAAAUUAGAGUCAAUGUUUUAUUCUAUCACUGAUACAACUAUCUUAAGAUAUAUGAUGGAAGUUUGCUGGGCGCCAAUGUUGGCCGCUUUUAGUGUGAUUCUUGAUCAGAGUGAUGACAAGGCUGCCACAUCCCAGAGCUUGCUAGGCUUUCGAUAUUCUGUUCAUGUUACAUCCUUCUUGUUCAUGCAUACACAGAGAGAUGCGUUUGUUACAUCAGUUGCCAAAUUUACAUACCUCCAUUGUGCUGCUGAUAUGAAGCAAAAGAAUGUUGAUGCUGUCAAGGCUAUAAUGUCAAUUGCGAUUGAGGAUGGGGAUUAUUUGCAAGAAGCAUGGGAGCAUAUAUUAACUUGUCUUUCACGGUUUGAACAUCUACUCCUGCUAGGGGAUGGUGCACCACCGGAUGCUUCAUUUUUCUCUGCUUCGCUCCCAGAUUUGGAUGAUAAGUCACAGAAGUCUCAUCUAGCCGCCAAUUUGAAGAAAAAGGGAAAUGCUCUUCAAAACCCAGCUGUAAUGGCUGUUGUUCGCGGAGGUUCAUAUGAUAGCGCGACAGUGGGAGCUAAUAGUGCAGGGCUGGUUUCAUCGGAGCAGAUAAACAACUUUAUUUCAAACAUACUUUUACUAGACCAGAUUGGAAGCUUUGAGCUGAACCAUAUUUUUGCCCAUAGUCAAAGAUUGAAUGGUGAUGCUAUAGUAGCUUUUGUGAGAGCCCUUUGUAAGGUUUCCAUGUCAGAAUUGCAGUCCCCUACUGAUCCUAGGGUUUUCAGCCUCACCAAAUUAGUAGAAAUAGCGCAUUAUAAUAUGAAUCGCAUCAGAUUAGUUUGGUCUCGCAUUUGGAGUGUUCUUUCUGAUUUUUUCGUAUCAGUCGGUUUGUCAGAAAAUCUUUCAGUUGUAUUUUUUGUAAUGGAUUCUUUACGGCAGUUGGCAAUGAAGUUCCUUGAAAGAGAGGAGUUAGCAAACUAUAAUUUUCAGAAUGAAUUUUUGAGACCUUUUGUAGUCAUCAUGCAGAAAAGUACUUCUUCAGAAACCAGGGAGUUGAUUGUUAGAUGUAUUUCUCAGAUGGUCUUGACUAGAGUUAGUAAUGUGAAGUCUGGAUGGAAAAGUGUUUUUACGAUAUUUACUAUUGCUGCUGCCGAUGAACGAAAAAAUAUUGUCCUCUUAGCUUUUGAAACAAUGGAGAAAAUAGUUCGAGAUUAUUUUCGUUACAUAACUGAGACUGAGACUACAACUUUUACAGACUGUGUUAAGUGUCUCAUCGGUUUCACAAAUAGUAGAUUCAAUAGUGACGCCAGCCUUAAUGCUAUUGCUUUUCUUCGCUUCUGUGCCGUUAAACUUGCUGAAGGUGGACUCGUUUGUUAUGACGAAAACGAUGAAUGCAAUCAUGCCAAUGGGGAUCUCUCUGAUUCAAAUAAUUCAAAAUGCAAAGAUAAUCAUAUUUACUUUUGGGUUCCUUUGCUUGCUGGGUUGUCCAAAUUGACUUCAGAUCCGAGGAGAAUUAUUAGAAAAGGUGCUUUGGAGGUUCUGUUUCACAUUUUAAAGGACCAUGGACAUCUUUUCUCAAGCACCUUUUUAAUCAACAUUUUCAAAUCUGCCAUAUAUCCAAUUUUGAAAGAGCCUCAAAUUCAUGAUGAUUAUCAAGUCACAUCUGAAGAUUAUUAUGAGCAACUUGGGGAAGAACCUUCUAAUGCUGAAAUAAGAGCAGUGGCAGCAGGAUGCUUGGUUGACUUAUUUGUAGCAUUUUUUGAUGUUGUGCGCUCUCAAUUCAUGCAAGUAGUUGAAAUUCUAUCCAGUUAUAUAAGAAGUCCUUAUCGACAGUCUUCGAGCACUGGUGUGGCUUGUUUGCUGCUGUUGACUGAGCAUCUUGGAAGAAAUCUCUCAGAAACAGAAUGGAGACAGAUAUUGUUGGCUCUGCAUAAUUCAGCUGCAUCUUCUUUUCCUGUAGCUAAGCAAGUUGUCGAAGCCAUGAAUAAAAUUGAAAUACCAAGUAGAUUUCAAUCGUACUCUGACACUGGAGACUGUUCGGAUCAGGGAUCUGUCCUUGAUGAUGAAGAGGAUGCUAAUAUGGAAAAGACAUCGUACGCUAUAGUGAAAUUGAAGGACCAUAUAGCUGUGCUAUUUUCAAUCAUUGAGGCCAUCCAAAAAUUAUACGAGGCGCAUCGAAAAGCAUUCUCAUCUGCUCACUUCGCCAUUUUCCUCAGCAUACUUUCAUCCAUCGCAUCCCAUUCAAGCGAACUGAACUCCCACACCACCUUGCUCCAGAAGCUGGAGAGAUUAUGCUCCCUACUGGAGAUUCCCGAGCCACCUGCUGUCCAUUUUGAGAACGAAUGCCAUCAGAAUUAUCUCAAACUACUUAAGAAAAUGCUCAGAGAUAACGUUCCAGUCCCAGAAGAAAUAUGCCUUGUAUCUCUUAUUGCUUCAGAAUGCCAGAAAAUGUUAAAUAUUUACUUAACUUGUGCUGGAUAUGAAUCAGAAAAACAAUCCACAGAUAAAGAGCUCAUCAAGUUGCAGAGAAUUAUACCUUUGGUUUCAUCAAAAAGAGAGGAACUGGCUGCCAGAACUCCUCUUGUUGUGUUGGCCAUCAAGGCAUUGAGUGAGCUCGACGGCGACGCAUUCUGGCGAAACCUGAAACCCAUUUUCCCGUUACUGGUUGGUCUUCUUCGCUGCGAACAUGGCUCGCGGGAGGUGCUGCUAGCAUUGUCUGAUAUAUUUCAAUCAUCAAUAGCUCAGGUUAUAAAACAUAGGUUGUGAGGUGUGAACCACACGUUGAGAUGCCAGGUAUUAUUUUUUUGUUAAAGAAAGAAAAUGAUUUUAAUAGCUUUAAAAAGGCUGUACUAUUUUGAUGAAUAUAUGGGUAUUUUCAUUAUGGUUGUGUAGAGUUUUGCUGAAAUUAUGGCAUUGUUAUAAGCAUUUAUUAUAAAAAAUUGAUA